AUGCGUUGGAAUAUUCUUCUCCUCUUUUUCGCCCUUCUCGGGCCCUCAUAUUCUGCUCCAACCGACCCUCAACCGGAAAAACGUGUCACUCCCGACAGAAUCUGCUUCACUGAGCCAGCACAUCACUGCUCGACGGCUUUGGAGACAUCUAGAAACUCCAAAACGGUUUUGACUGGAAAUUCGAAUAAUUGUGCUGAUGUCAAGAAAUUCUGUACCCCGAACGUGGCUGCCUGCUACAUUGGCAACUCUUCUGAAAUUCUGGAUACUUGUGGUGUCCAAAUUGGUCAUGAUAGUGUUGGAAUUGAUCAAUUGUCGACUACAAGUGUUUCAACUCGUGCAACUUUCCCCACAACUCCUGCAACAAUUUCAACAACUCGCCCACCUGUUGAAACAACUGCAACUCCUAUUUCAACAACUCCCGCAACUUUGGCUACAAUUCCCGAAACUGUUGCCACAACUCGUCCAUCAGUUGUUACAACUCCCGCAACUCUUGCAACAACUCCUGCAACAAUUGCUACAACUCACGCGCCAGUUGUCACAACUCAUGUCACGGUUCCAACAACUCCCACAACUGUGCCAACAAUAACAGUUGCAACAACUCCAAUUCCAACAACAACAACCCCGAUUCCAACAACAACAACCCCGAUUCCAACAACAACAACCCCGAUUCCAACAACAACAAAAACUACAACAACAACUACAACAACAACUCCGAUUCCAACAACAACAACAACCACACCAAUUCCAACAACAACAACUCCAAUUCCAACAACAACAACUCCAAUUCCAACAACAACAACUCCAAUUCCAACAACAACAACCCCGAUUCCAACAACAACAACCCCGAUUCCAACGACAACAACAACAACAACACCAAUCCCAACCACAACAACAACCACAACAACUCCUAUUCCAACAACAACAACACCGAUUCCAACAACAACUCGUCCACCAAUUGUUACAACUCCUCCUGCAACUAUUCCACCAGUUGUUACAACUCCCGCAACUUUUGCUACAACUCCAGCCACCGUUGCUACAACUCCCGCACCAAGCUGCGCCCAAAAACUCGGAAUCAUCAAAAAUCGAAAUGUGGUCAAUCAAGAAUGCCAUCGUAAAAUUUUCGGCAAGAGUUCUCAACAUAAAGCUCUUGAAACUGUGUUCCAACUUUCGCUCUCUAACGAUUCUGAAAUCGACUAUAUUUUUUGUAACAUUACAUACAGAUUCGGCUGGUCCAUGAGUAAAGGUUUCGCUGACAUUAAGGCUGUAUGCGGUAUAGCCGAGAGAGAUCGAGUGUUGAAGAUAUUCUAUGAGUUGAGAGAUUGUAUGGAUUGCAACAAAUUUGGUUUCCCACUGGUUGUCGAUAUUAAUCCUUCUUCUGAUAUAUAUUUGGGAUCUACUGUUGCCACAACUCGUCAGCCAGUUGGAGCAACUCCAAGCUGCGUCAAAAAACUUGGAAUUGUCAAUAAUGAAAGUGUGUUCAAUCAAGAGUGCCUUGGUAAAUGGUCUGGCGUUCCAGAAAUCUAUAAACUAAUUGUAGAGAUGUUCCAAGAGUUGACCGCUGAAUCUUCGGCCGUCAACUAUUCUAUUUGUAAUAAAACGCACAUCGCCAGUUUCGGCCUGUCUCUGCAGUUCGCCAGAAUUAAGAAUGCAUGCGGUAUAGCCGAGAGAGAUCGAGUUCUGAACAAAUUCUAUGAGAUAAUAAAUUGUAUGGAUUGUAACAAAUUUGGUCUCCCAGUGGUUAUCGAUCUGAAUCCUUAA